GGAAGAAUAACCAGUGGAAUAAUAUUACGUGACACUGCUGUGACCACUGGCGACGGCAGAAAGCACAGCAACACCAUCCUACCACUUACUUGCGCAUCCAUGAACACCGCUGUGUAUGACGUGUCCACGCUGCAACUUGGCGAUCAGGUGUGUAUCUGGGACUUUGGACGAUGGCCAAUCUCGUACUCCCAUCACGGAAUCGUCUAUGAGCGCGGCACGUCGUUGCAGACGGUCAAGGUAGCGCACACGUGGAGUCCGCUCUCCAACUUUGCCGAGGCGCAGGCGGACUCGUACUUUCGGCUGACGACGCUAGAGCAGUUCUUAGACGGCCGGCAGUUCAAGCACUUGCGUCGCGUGCAAUACAACUCGUCUAUCCUGGGCGACGCGAUCUCGAAGCUCGGCGAAGUCCACCGGUCGGCGUCCGACAUCCCGCCCGUGGUGAUCGCGCGAUGCAAGUUUCUGCUUGGCGCAGGUCGUGGCCACUUUAACAUCUUGUCCCUCAACUGCGAGCAUGUUGCGUACUGGUGCAAGACGGGUCGUUUGUUUGCCAAGCAGAUCUUCACCACGAGUCCAACUGAGGUGCCGUACAUUCGGCAGCGGUCGCUCUCGUGUAAAGUGGACGCGCUAUUUGCGACAAUGCACGAGUUGAAGGAACGUUAUCGCAUUGAGUGCAUGGCGCUAUGCAGUCGACUCAACGACAUUGACGAAGGCGGCAGUCGCAAGCGCAUUUACAUCAAAGCCAAGGACCGAUCGAACCGGUACCUUCAAGUACGCGGCGAGCACGUGUACCUGGUUGAGUGCGAUUUCGAAGAAACCAACCCGUUGCUACAGCAAUUUCCCACGCCUUUCUACGCGUUUGCCGAACACACCGACGUGAACGUGGUCAAGGUGUCGUUUCGCGAAGUGGCCACUGGCCGCAUGGUGUGUUCGAAAGCGAAAUGCGUCAAGCUGAUCACCCAACGCUUGUACCAUCGAGAAAACCUGUUUCGGUUCGAAUAUGCAUAUAAUGGCGAGCUCCAGUCGCGGCGGCUCCGGCGGUGGUACAUUGGCGCGCGACCCAAGGAUGGCCUGGUGCGGACGUUAGUCUCGAGCGACGACGCGAUGGCGUUUGAAUUUGUCGACGCCAAGAUGCUUGCUGCGUCGCCAGCCAGUGAGCCCCCUGUGGCACCGAGUUGUUCCGACGCUACCAACGACACGGACAUUAGCAGUAGCUAGUACAUAUUUAACAGUCGGACGUACAUGCCGUCGUCGGUGGUUCGUGGAGGCAACAUAGAACAACAAGUCAUUCUAUGUAACUACAGGUCUA